UCUUGAGCAUGUGUCAUAUUAUUUUUAGUAAUAUCUCAAUUUUAUGCAUCUUUAUUUUUAUAUUAGGAGAAUCAAUGGAUGUGAUGAAAGGAUCCAAAAAAUUGGCAACUUCCAGUGAGGAACAAAGAGAAAUAGCUCCAUCGAUGUGGUAUGCCCCAGAGCAAAGUAAACGAAUUCACACAAAGUCGAUCUCUCCCAGGAUAGACGACCAGCCAAACUCAAGUAGAAUCGAUGCUUCAGGCAACGUUUCGGUACACCAAUGUAGCCAUUCUAAGUAUGUGAAUGUUGAAGGACCAAAUGCAACUUUUAUUAUUACCUUGAGAAGUUUCCUGAGAGACAAACGUUCAAGUAAUGAUGAUCAUCAAUUGAAUAACAGCAGUGACAAUAAAUUAGAUAGAAAUAAUCAUUUACGUGAUGUGAAUAAUGGACUUCAUUCGGAAUUGCAAUUUCAUGAUAACAGAAGAAACGAAUUAUCUGAAAGUGGAGGUAGAAAAGAAAAGAGGGUGAUGGAUGAAGAGGUACAGCAGGAGGUCAACAAGAAAGUCACCAAGAAAGCUGAGAACAGCAAAGAAGUCUCUGUUUCUAGUUAUGAAAACAUGGCUUCUUUAAAUUCUCAAGCUGUUUUGAGGCAGGAUCUUGCUGGCAGUUUGAAUAGAGAUAUUCCAAGUCAUAUAGAAGAAACAUCGACAGUUGUUGCAGCUGUUGAAACUGAAGCUGGAAAAGCUAAUUCAAUUCCAAAAGAUCUUUCAUUGCUACAUAAACUUGAAGAAGUUUUUAUCAGAACUGGAGAUUACAUUGUGCUAGUGUUAUUGAAGACUCUUAAAGAACGAUUCCAUCGAUUAAAAGUGGCGAAGAAAUUUUGGUUGAAAGUGAAUGAAACAUCCAACAGCAAUGGUCAACCUCAAAUGACAGUUAAAGAAAUACUAGCUAAUCAUAUAAAAGACAAGUUUGAUAACGGUUUUAAAAAUAAAUUAGCAGAGUUAUUGGGAGUUUUAGCUAAUGAAAUUUCCACUGGCUCAAGAUAAAUAAUAAUUAAUCAUUCUGAAAAGUUUUCAAUUGAAUCGUUAGCAGAUUGAUAAUAUUGAUCAAGUAAUUUAUUCUUGCUUGUUAAGCAGUUUUAAGAAACUUGCAAACUCGAGUUUCAUCAGAUAAUUAUCACACAUCACAGGGUUGGUUAAAGUAGACUGUGACGACACGGUGACCUGUAGACCUACAAGUUUUACCUUCGACCCUUUCAGUUUAAUUGGACUCUCGCGAAAGACAUGAGCACAUACCACCAACACCAAGAUACGAGAAUUACCUUGGAUAAUGAUGAGACUUUUCGACUCUCCACUCUUCCAUUUUUUACCUUUUCUUUCGCUUUGUAAACUUCACAAAUGAGUUUUUGCUUUCCAUAAACUUUUUUUUUCUUCAUAAUCUCAGAAAAGAGAAGUCAUAAUUUUUCAAGUUAGAUCAAGUGUUCUUGAUGAUCAAAUCAAAUCUACUUAUUGAUUCUAAAUUCUUAGUUUCAAGUAUUGAACUGAUUAAACAGUUUUUUUCUGUGUUUGCUCUCAUUUUAAUUAAUCACCCGAUGAAAAAAUAAAAGUUAGUAUUUUUAACUUUUAUCUGAGAACAAGUGUUAUAAAUCAAAACUUUCACAUGCAGAUAAGGUUUAAUUACGAAAGAGUAGUAAGGAAAUUAGUGUAAUAUUAAUUCCAA